UAGAAAUGUAGAAUGUAAACCUUCGCUGAGAAGGAAACGAAACCAGUACGAAACAGUCUCAGAAAACGACCCGAAUCAAACCCUGUGUAGCUUUCAAUAACCAGAGACGAUCCUCACUCUCCAAGUUCCUCAAGCUUCUAUAUUUUCUCUCUUCUGAUUCUUGCUGGGUUUUAAUCAGAAUUUGAUUUAUACUAGGGACUCUUGGGUUUUGAAGAUUGUAUGAUUAUCUAAGAGCUCUGUGGAGGUUUUAGGGACUCGUGGGUUUUGCUUACUUGGAGAAGAUGAUGCUGCAUUUUCGAGACCCAGCAAACCUGAAGACCAAGAAGAUUGUGUUUGAGGAGGCGUAUGCUGCUUGUGAUUCUGCAACACUUGAACAGCUGAAAGAGUUGAGCUCUAAGCGUAGGAUUCUCGAGGAGUCAACUAAUGAGAGCAGCCCCAUUACUAAGGCCAUUGCAAGGGAAAUGUCUGGAGGGUUAACUUCCCAGUCUCAACAGGUUCUUCAAAAACUAGAACUGUAUCUUCCAGUGUUGGAAAAUUUAUUCUUCCACAUUGAUUUGAUCAGCAGCAACGAACAGAUAGUUCAGUGGACUUCAGAACUCAAGAUACAAUGGACUAGUGCUCUUAGUUCAUCAUCGUUCUUUAACUUUGGAGGUUCUAAAUAUUUUCAAAUAGAUAACUUGCAAUUUGAGAUUGUUAUGACUCUUUUCCUUUAUGGUGCAAUCCUUCGGGAGAGAGCAUCAGAAGUUCUUCCAUCAGACCUAUUGAAAUCUGCGACCCUUUUCAGAGAAGCUGCUGGUGUUUAUCACUAUCUUGCUCAUCAGGUCCUUCCUUCUCUACAGCCUUCAGUCCCUGUGGAAAAGCCACCAGAAGUUGUCCCAUCUGUGUCCACUGUCAUGAGCCUUAUUUGUUUGGCUGAGGCCCAGGCAGUAACAAUAAAGAGGGCUGAAGAGAAGGGUACUACUGUUGGUCUGUUGGCAAAGUUGCACCAUGGUGUUGUAGAGUUGCUUGAUGAAGCCGCAUGUGCUUUACAUACAGCUUCCAUGGAAUGCAAAGAUAUUUCUUCGCGCUUUGUGGAAUUCAUCACAUCUUGCAAAGCGUUACAUGAGUUAAAAAGUCAGAAAUACUUGGCUGAAAGCCUGAAGAAUAAUAAUGAUGGCCAAUUCGGGGUUUCUGUUGGACUUCUUCGACGUGCACUGAUCAAUGCGAAAAGGAAAAUACCAAGUGAAGAAUCUUGGAAAUCUGUUUUCAAAAAGGAAAUUGAUGAUUUUGCCGAAUUACUCAGGAAGCAUGAACAUGAAAAUGAAUUUGUCUGGCAUGAGAAAAUCCCCUCUGGUGAUGAGUUGCCAAAACCCGAGGGUACCAAAAUCGCGAGUGUUAUACCUUACAAUCCCAAAAGAUGGGAAAGAGAGCUCGCCUUCAAGAUCUAAAUGUAUAGAAAAACUAAUUGUAAAGUGUUCUUGGCCUCCUUAGGCCUUCAGAGGAAACAAAUGCAAAUUAAGAUCCUCAUUCUUUUAUGGGAGUGGUGGAUGUAAUGUUUAGAGUUAAUAUCUCUCUAUAAUCUCUAUAUUUAUCUCUUUUGUGCAUCUCAUUCUUACAAAACAGAUAAGAAUUUUCUUGAUGAAUUAUUAGAGUACGUAGUUUCUCA